GUUGAUUAGGGUGCAUCUCCGUUGUGCAGAACCCAACCUGAGUUUUCAAAUUUCAGGGCUUAAGAGCGUUUGUGUCUGUAAAACUAAAACCCUUGUUCUUGUUCUUGCGAGCCAUGGCGAACGAAAGUUGGACCGAUCUCCUACAUUCGUCAACCAAGCUUCUCGAACAAGCUGCUCCUUCUGCUCAGUUCCCUCCCCUUCAGAGGAACUUGGAUCAACUGGAAGCGUUAUCCAAGAAGCUUAAAUCCAAGACCGUAAGGACUGAAGCACGUUGGCAAUCUAUUGCUGCAACAAGGCUCCUUGCUCGAGAGGGGAUAAAUGCAGAGCAGCUUGCUAGGGAUCUGAAGUCAUUUGAACUGAAGACAGCUUUUGAGGAUGUUUUUCCUGUUGAGGCUACAAGUGUUGAAGAGUAUCUGCAGCAGGUUUCGACCACAAAGAAGCAGGAUAAAGGAAAGGGAAAGCUAGUGAUCCCUCUUCCUAAGAAAUCUCAACAGCCUCCUGUGGAGAAACUUCUUAAGGAUGCCAUGAAAUCAGUUUCCAAGGAUGUCGAAAUCAUCCAAAUUGACUCCUCUCGGGAAAUGUCGAGAGAUAUACCUCCUCUUACUGGGGCAUCUCAACAGUCGGCCACGCCCCAAUUGAACGUUGCUGAGAUUGCUUCGAUAGUGGCUUCAAUAGAGAUUCUUCCUGAGGUCGAGGAGGAAAAGGUUCCCCAGUCGGAACCUUUGGCGAAUGUGGAGACCUUGCAAGAGUCUGCCCAAGGUGAACCUUCUUUCGAGCUUCAACCUCCCUUGAGUCCAAACACUGAUUCAACUGAAUCUCCCAGGCCUUUCACUACUUCUCCUUCGACCCAAGGUGGCGUCGAAUCUUCUAUACAAGGACUUUCCUCGAUCCCUUCUACUAACUUGGACUUGAUGAGCUUUUUCAACGAAGAGGACGAGGAUAUCAAUAGUAUGUUCGACGUUCUCGACAACUGGACGAGUGGUCCAUCUAGGUCAGAAAAGGAGAUAGAGAAAAUCGAACAAGUAUCCGAGACAAACCCAUCUUACCAGUCCGUGCUCGAGUCUUUUAGAUCAAAGGCCUAUGUAGAUGACUUGGAUCAAGCCCUCCUCGACCCAGCCUUUAAAAUCGAAGUUGAGCAAAUGGUCGAAGACUUGCUUGCCUUCUCUGACCUUCCUCCUACAAUCAAUACUGAGCUGCAAGAGUUUACCCAGUCUUUUACUCUCGCUUCAGAUCUUCGAUCGCAGUGGUCUACCACUUUCCAGGAAGUGGCUCAGAUUGAAGUUGAGAGUGAGGGUGACCGUGCUAAACUCGAGAAGCUCCGCGAGGAUCUGAUCUCUAUUCGAAAAUCUAUCGAGGAGGUGAUCCAUGUCUUGAAAAAGUUGCAACAGGAGGAAGCAGAUUGCACAGCGUCCAUCGAAGCCUUGCAGCAUGAGUUGAAUACUCUUCGCUCGAAACAGGCCGCCUUGAAGACUCAAAGUCAAGACGUUGUGCAACGUCAGAAGAAUUUAAAAGAAGAAGGCAAGGUUAUCUCUUCGAGACUUGCCAAAACUUUGGAGCAUUUUUGCAUGAAUGAGCCAACAUGUCUCCUUGGUGUGCAUCACUUUACUUGGAUGUUGGAAGUUACAACUACAGCACAAGAACUUAGUUUGGGUGUUGAUUUUACUGACUUGUACAAGAAAUCAGAUCUAUAUAGGAGAAACAAGCAGCUCAUACAGGAACUUGGUCAGCCUGCUCCUGGUUCAAAGGAUCUUCAAUUCCCAACUCAAUACUCUCAGUCAUUCUUAGUCCAAUGCCAAGCUUGUUUAUGGAAACAACGUUGGUCAUAUUGGCGUAAUCCUCCAUACACAGCUGUGAGAUUUUUCUUCACUAUUAUUGUAGCACUGUUGUUUGGAACAAUUUUCUGGGACCUUGGGGGAAAACAUUCUGAACUGCAAGACCUGUUGAAUGCUCUAGGUUCAAUGUAUAUUUCUGUUCUCUUCCUUGGAGUAAUACAUUCUUCCGCUGUACAGCCUGUGAUAUCAGUUGAAAGAACUGUGUUUUAUAGAGAAAUAAAAAUGCGAGACAUAAUGUUCCUUUGCAAGGUCAAUCUUCUGACCUGA